CCAAACGGACCGCGGUACCAGCGUGAACGGAUCGGCCGCAUCCGACGUUUUGCGACAUAUUGCGUUGGCGUCGCCGUGGACGCUGCAAGCCGGCGCGCCGGAACAGCCGCCGCCGCCGCGCCCACACCGUUGCUGUUCCCGGGCACGGCCAAGGCUCCGGACUCCCGGCCGCCGCCGCUGUUCCCGGGAACCACUACAUGUCGACCCCAGCCGCCGACCAUUCCUUGUGGCCAUGCCGCCAAACGGUUCGGCUUCUUCGACAAACCCGCCGGCCGGCAGUACCUAGCCGCUUUUGUCGCUUCGUUGUCGGUGAUGAUGGCCGGCACGUCGAUGGGAUGGCCUUCGCCGGUGUUGGCUAAAUUGGCCAGCGGCCAGCUGACAAUGGAGACGACCAACGAACAGGAGUCGUGGAUGAUCGCGUUCCUGGAGCUAGGCAACUUGGUGUCGCCGCUGCCGGUCGGCAUACUUGUGGACACUGUCGGGCGCAAACCGUGUCUGUUGAUGUGCGGUCCGCUGUACAUAAUCAGUUGGCUGAUGGUGUUGGUCGGCAGGUCGAUCACCGCCCUAUACUGGGUGCGGCUAUUGCAGGGCGCGUGCAUAGGUGUCAUCACCACGGUGGUGCCCAUUUACAUCAGCGAGAUAGCCGGAGACAACAUUCGAGGCGCCCUGAGUACAUUCUUUAACGGUAUGCUGAACGCCGGCAUACUGUACGUAUACUGUAUCGGACCGCUUGUGUCCUACGAAUACCUCACUUACUACUCCAUACUGAUACCGGUCGUGUUCCUGGCCACUUGCAUGUGGAUCCCCGAGUCACCGUACUACUACGUACUCAGGGGCGACGACAAAAAGGCGCACGAGGCGCUGGCGUGGCUGCAGGGCGACGUCGAGCCGGACAUGGUGGCCAAGGAGCUGUUGCACAUCAAGGGCGAGGCGAACAAGCAGCUGAAGAACAAGGGUACGGUGACCGACCUGUUCGGUUCGGGGGUGAGCCGCAAGGCGUUCCUGAUCGUGCAGAUCGUCGCCCUGGCCGACGUGCUGUCCGGCAUGACCACCGUGCUGGCAUACGCGUCGUCCACGUUCGCGCACGCCGACACCGUGGACUCGCUGUCCCCGGACCAGUUCACCAUGCUGCUGGGCGUGCUGAUAUUCCUCACCACAUUCGUCACCGGCUAUCUUGUCGACAAGCUGGGACGCCGGCCGCUGUUGUUGUUCUCGUGUUUCGGGUGCGGCACGUUCGAACUCAUCACCGGACUGUACUACUACAAGAGCUGGGGCAGCAUGGACUCGCUGGGCGCGUGGAUACCGUUCACGGCCAUCGGCUCGUUCGCCGUCAUCUACUCCAUUGGCCUGGGGCCGCUGGUGCCCACCCUGCAGGGCGAGAUGUUCCCGUCCAACGUGCGCGGGUUGGCCAGCGCCAUCACGUCCAUCACCCUGACCGUCAUAUCGUUCGUGGGCCUCAAAACGUACCAGCUGGUCACCGACAAGUGGGGCAUACACGUCAACUACUUCAUGUACGGCUCCGGGUGCCUGGUCACGUUCGUGUUGAUCUAUUUGUUUUUGCCCGAGACCAAGGGCAAGACGUUUGUCGAAAUACAGGACGAGAUCAGCAACAUCAAACGGCCGCCCAACCGGCGGAUCACUACCGGCCCGGACGCCUCUCGAGUAUAAACAGUCGACGACAUUGAACAUUCUGUAUAAAUCCAACCCCCCCCCCCCACCCACCAUAAACCCUCAUACAUAAUAUUGUAUAUGUACUGUACAUAAUAUGGUAGUUGGCCGGCGACUUAGCGAAACAACGUUGUGGCGUGCGUGCAAAGUCGUUAAUUGACGUUUUACCAGAGGCCUAGGAUUUCCGAAAGCUCUUGAUUGGCAUUUCCCAAAGGCGCACAUGCGACGAGGACGGUAUAAUCCGGCAAAACCAAGAAACACCCCUCUCGGACACCAUAAUCAAUCGAGGACAACAAUACAAGUGACACGCGUCGAAUAUACUCGAACAAUUCACCAGUGUUUUAACCAUAUAUAUUUUAAGUCGUUAGGAACAAAUAAAAUGUAAUUAAACAGUAUGUAAUAAUAUUUUAUAUAUAAACCUAUAUACAUAUUGUUAUAAAGUAAUUUUUUUUAUAUUGUAAAUACCGAAUAGUGUUAGACAUAAUAUUAAUAAAAAAAAAAAUAUAUUUGCGAUACAAACAAUUUUUAUAAA